UAGUGUGCUGCAGUCCGUAUAUAGUAAGGGGUGGGACAUUGUACGUACUGUUUAGUGUGGUGCCAUGUAGUAAUGUUCAUUAUUGGUUUGGUCUUUAAACAAAUACUGAGCUGUCAAACCCGUGUUGUACUAAAAGUUGGCGUUAGCUUUGAUUUGUAGGUGUUGAGAGAAUGCGGAGUGUACUCAGAAAUGCCUCGGGUUAAAAACUCUUCCCUGCAGACCGGGCGGAAUAGCGAUGGUGUCACGGCGGAGUUGUCCGUGUUCAUGAAGAGAUGAAGGUCACAAGUGUGUGUGAGGAUGCCGCUGGAGAGGAAACACUGAUGGAAGGCCAGAAGGGUUCUGAAGAAGAGGAGGGCUUACACAACAGGGGUGAGCCACACAAGUGGCAGGGUUACUCAUGUACUGUUAAACCAGUGAGCAUUUUCCUUCCACAGCCUGUUCUUCAGGCUGCACUGGGCAUCAGCCAUGGAGUUCUUCUGACAAAAGAUGGCCUUGUCUACAGCUUUGGCGAGCUUCCAUGGAAGUGUGACGUAAAAUCCCAGACAGUCGAACCUGUGCUGGAAAGCUCAUUAAAUGGCCACCGUGUGGUCCGUGUGUCUGCAGGUAGUUUUCACUGUGGUGCUGUAACAGAUAAAGGAAUAGUGCACAUGUGGGGGGAGAACUCGCAUGGUCAGUGUGGUAUCUUAGGUCUUGAUGUUGUCGCCAAUCCUACCCCUAUCAACAUCGUGGAUAAUGAAACUGUUCCUACUGAACAGGUCCAGAUCCAUGAUGUGGCCUGUGGGGCGCAGCACACGUUAGCUCUGUCAUCUAAGCAUGAGGUGUGGGCCUGGGGUUUUGGCUGCCAGUUGGGCCUGGUGACCACUGUGUUUCCGGUGUGGAAGGCGCAAAAAGUUGAGCAUCUAUCAGGGAGGUAUGUGGUCCAGAUUGCUUGCGGCGAGUUCCACAGCUUGGCUUUGGUUCACUCAGUACCUCGUUCAGAGUCUUCUCAACAAUCCCUGGAAAAAUGUGGUCACUGCAAGCAGCCCCUUUACACUAUGAUUGACAAGGAUGACCAUGUUAUUAUUUCUGACACCCAUUACUGCCCGCUAGGGGUGGAACUAUCAUAUUCAAAGCAAGGUAAAACAUCAAAGCAGGAAACUCCAGGCUCGACACCAAACAUGGUAACCACAGAAAAUGACCCCCAGAGUUGUGUUGCUAUGUCUACAGAUUUCUGCCUCAGUGAGAGCGCUCUGGAUAAAUCUCACAGUAACGGAACAGCAGGUGAAAAGGACGUGGAUCACAAUGAUCCAGCCACCGAGAUUUUUCCUAACAGUUCAGAAAGUCCACAGGAGUGUCGUCCAAGAACGACGAGCUCUCUUUACCCUGAUGAACAGGCUCUAAAAGACUAUCUCAAGAGAAUCUCUGAGCAGUCCCAGUCAGAGCAGUUUGAAGGGAAGAAAGGUUCACGCCCUCCAAGCCGUCAGAUAUCACUCAAGGAUUCUCAUAAUGUGGAAGAAAAUAACAAACCUACAUUUCCUUUAUUGUCACCACAAACCAUGACUGAUGAUAUUAAAUCCACAUUUUUAGAUGAUAUUCCACUGAUAAAGUUACAAGGCUCGGUCACAGGUUGUGUCGAUGAUGACUCGUCUGAAGACAUCCUCAUUCCUAGUGACCCUUUAAACUGUAAUAACUGUGAGGAGGUCUUUGAGGAAAACUCCUUGACUGAUAAAAACCACUGUCCACAUGAGCCACUGGAGGCCAAGAAGAGUGCCAGCCUGACAGACGUUAGGGUUGAAGAUAUGGAUGGCUAUAGUCGGAGAAGAUCGUUACCUGGCUUACUGUCACCAGUUUCUCCAUCAGUAUUGCUUAGGUGCAACCUUGCCAAAGCCGGGGCCAUCAACUCAACAACUGUAGGCAUCUCAAGCAAAGAUAGUCUCCUUCCAUCUCUAAAUACAGAGGUGUGGACUUGGGGCAGAGGUCAUGAAGGUCAAUUAGGUCAUGGAGACACCUUGCCCAGGUUACAGCCACUAUGCAUUAAGAGCUUAAGCAACAAGAAAGUUAUCAAGAUCGUUGCUGGAUCUUCUCAUUCUUUGGCCUUAACAGCUCAGUGUGAGGCAUAUUCUUGGGGUUGCAAUAAAUUAGGUCAGUUGGGUCACAUGAACUCUCUUAGCACUGUACCACAGCAUGUGAAGAUGGCUGAUGGUAUCCGCGUGUGGGACAUUGCAGCAGGUCAGACACACACUGUGCUGCUGGCUGAUGGAGACUGCUUGCAGCCCAUAUUGUAUUAUAGUGGUGAGCAAGUGCAAGCACGCGUGGACUCUUCUCCUGCAACCUAUACACAGACACCAACUCUUCUCCCCUUCUUCAUGAAUAUCGGCUAUGUGAGCAGCGUUUUCGCAGGGGGACCGAACUGUUUGGCUCUGGCUGAUCGGAAUGUGAUGGGUUUUAUCGCCACGCUGCACGAGAUGGCAUCAGCAGAAAGAAAGUUCUACUGCAUGCUGAGCAUGAUGAAGAACCAGAUACUGCAUCCCCUACUGGGCCGGGACAGCAUGACCAUUUGCUUGGGCAGGACCUCCAUGCAGCUGUUUCAGACCAUGGCAGGAAAAUACAAUCGUUUGUGCAAUUUAAUAGGACAGCACGCUACUGCUCUCACAAACUUCCUGCAGCACAGAAAAGAUGUGAAAACUCUGGCCAUUUUAAAAAAUGCAGCUCUUUUCCACAACACCUAUAAGAAGUACAUUAGCUCUGUAGGAAACUUCCUUGUCAUGGGAGGAUUCCAAUCACUGGUGAAACCCUCACAAGAAUGCUUGGGGAAGAAGCUGGAACUGGUACAGAAACUGUUGGACCUCAAACAGAAAAGCGUCCCACCGAGUGACUUGCUAGUAAACUUGUUUUACAUGCCGCUGCAGCACCUGCAUGACUACAGCAGUCUUCUCCUGAAGCUGGCCACUUGUUUUGAUGUGAACUCUGAUGAAUACCAAAUGAUUCAAGAUGGCUGCUUGCAAUAUGAGGUCUUGGCCCAACUUCUAAGCAAACAGAGGAAAGAGGCAGAGAGCACGUACACAUUCUGGAAGAGCUUUUCAGGAAAGAGCUCAGAGUCUCUACGGAAGCCUUCUCGGCGACUGGUAUGUGAGAGUAGCAAUAAGGGCUUGACCCUCCAGAAUGCAGGGAGGUUCUCGGUCAACUGGUUCAUCCUCUUCAAUGAUGCCCUUGUUCAUGCACAGGGUACCAUUCCAUCUAAGAAGUUUUCGAUCUAUCUGCUGGCCACGCUCUGGGUGGAACCCAUCUCAGACGACAAUACUGGAUUGUUGGGACUGAAGCUAACUACCCCUGAAGAAAACUUCACUUUGUUGGCAUCUUCAGCUCUGGAGAAGGCAAAAUGGUUAAAGGCCAUUAACCAGGCUGUGGAAGUUGGGCUCAAAGUGGGUGAAGACAGACAGUCAUUUAGUUUGAUUGGCAGUCAGGGGGCAGAGCCUCCUAUUUCCCGCACUGCCACUUAUACAUUUACUAAAGAGGGCAGACUAAAAGAUGUCACAUACACUGGACGCUGGCUUUCAGGCAAGCCGCAUGGCAGUGGCACCCUGAAGUGGCCUGACGGCAGAGUUUACUGUGGGACAUUUAAAAACGGCCUAGAAGAUGGGUUUGGCGACUGUGUGAUGCCUAACAUGUCUUUCAACAAGUAUGAUCGUUACAAGGGCCACUGGAAAGAGGGCAAAAUGCAUGGGUUCGGGACAUACCGGUAUGCUACAGGCGAGGUAUAUGAAGGCUCAUUUCAGGAGAACCUGCGCCAUGGCCAUGGCAUGCUGAGCAGUGGCAGACUGGCAUCGUCUUCUAGCAGUGUGUUUGUUGGCCAGUGGGUCCAUGACAAGAAAUCUGGAUAUGGAAUAUUCGACAACAUCACAAAAGGAGAAAAAUACAUGGGGAUGUGGGUGGAUGACCAAAGGCAGGGCUCUGGGGUUGUGGUCACCCAGUUUGGGUUAUAUUAUGAAGGGGAAUUUAACCAUAACAAAAUGAUGGGGACUGGGCUUCUGCUGUGUGAUGAUGACACUUCAUUUGAGGGAGAUUUCUCAGAAGACUGGACAUUGAAUGGAAAGGGUGUCUUGUCCAUACCUAACGGAGACUCUUUCGAUGGUAUCUUUGUGGGCGAGUGGGGCUCUGAACUGAAAGUGGCUGGCACCUUUACAAAGCUGUGCCUAUAUGAGACGGAGAAGACGGAAACUAAAACCUUUAAGGUCAGUCAUUAUGCAGUACCUGCUGAUCAGAAAUGGGUGGCUGUGUUUGACGAAUGCUGGAGCCAGCUGGGUUGUGAAACCCCAGGAGUGGGAGAAAACAGCAGAGCCUGGGAGAACAUCGCAGUCAUACUGACAACUAGCCGCAGACAGCAGAAGGAUGGUCCAGAGACUCUGAGUCGCUCCCAGUGUAAGAUGCUGGAAAGCCUGGAGGUAAUCCCUCAACAUGUCGGUCCUGUUACUGCCGAAAACUAUGACAUCAUUCGCCGCUACCUAAUCAAGGCAUGUGAUACUCCUCUUCAUCCCCUGGGCUGGCUGCUGGAGACACUGGUCACCGUGUACCGGAUGACAUAUGUGGGCGUGGGCUCUUACAGGAGGCUUUUAAAGCAGGCUGUGGAGGAGAUCCAGUCCUACCUCACACGCAUCUUUCAGAUAGUCAGGUUUUUGUUUCCUGGUCUUCCAGAAGAGGGUGGCUUUAUUCCUGAUUCAGAGAGGAGAGCCAGUGACUUUUUGAGCAGCAGCAGCACAAGUUCAGACACCUCCCAGCAAGGCUGGAUUGUGAGUAGCACUUCUUUGGUGCUUCCUGUGUUGUUGCCUCGUCUCUAUCCUCCUCUCUUCACUCUGUACACACAUGAGAGAGAGAGGGAGGAGGAGGUGUACUGGGAGUGUGUGUUACGCCUCAACAAACAGCCUGACUUGUCUCUGCUCACCUUUCUGGGAGUGCCUCAAAAAUUCUGGCCAGCCUCUAUUUCUGUUUUAGGAGAGAUAAAGAAUGUGCUGCCUAGCAGUAUGAAUGCUUGCUUUGCUACUGCUGUGGAGACUCUGCAACAGAUCAGCAUGACUUUCACUCCUGCAGAUAAACUUCAGGUCAUUCAGCUGACCUUUGAGGACAUCACACAGGAAGUGCAAACCAUGUUGGGCCAGGGCUUCCUGUGGUGCAUGGAUGAUCUCUUCCCAGUCUUCCUCUACGUAGUUGUCCGUGCACGAAUCAGAAACCUUGGAUCUGAAGUGAGCCUCAUAGAGGACUUGAUGGAUCCUGCUCUUCAGCAUGGAGAACUUGGCCUAAUGUUCACCACUCUCAAAGCUUGCUACUACCAGAUUCAGAGAGAGAAACCUACUGGCAUGUAGAGGCAGAAUUUCUGCAGGUCACACCCUACAACCAAUGAGUUUCUACAUUAUGAUCAUAGAAACAGAUUUAAAAGUGUUUAAUAGAACUGAAGAAGAGUUCGACAUUGACACGAUUGCAGCACCUUUACUGCACUCCCUAAUCGAUUUUAGUUGCUACUGUUAAAUAAAGCCAGGUUUUAUAAUACAAUAACUAUUUUGAUGAAUGUGGAGGUUAUUAGUUACCUGUCUGAAAAGGGAGUGCUUUUACUACUGAGUCAGAUUUUAUGCCUGUAAUUCAUGAUUAAUGUUGUAGUGCUGUAUGAUUAUUUUAGUUUUUUGCACUGUAUUAUACUAACUAGCACUACUUACUUUAUCUAGAUCGCACAGUUGUUACUAAAUUGACGGGGAACUAUCACACUUGUAACACAAAUAGGUCUGUGCAUGCAACUGUGACUACCUUGCAUGUACAGUACAGUAUGUGUGUCUAACUGGGUUGAAGAAAAAAAAUCUGCAUUUAUUCCUACUUUUGGAAGAGAUUUAUGAAAAGAAUAGCUUGUGCCAAAAAAUUAAAAAACAUAACCAAAGUAAAGUUUAUAAUAUUACUGUAUUACAAAGAGUAACAAAUUAUGUAAUUUAUUUACACUGGUUUAAAAGAGAAGAAAUGUGUCAUUCUAGACUCAGGAAUCUAGUUACAGGUAUAAUGUUUUCAUAGAGUCCAAAGAGGAACAAAGCCUUAGAUGACUUUUAGGAAGAUAUUAAUUCAAAACAGGUCAAUUCAAACAAAAAGUGUCACAUGUUAUGUACAUUUCUUAAUGUCGUAAGAUACAACUGACAGCUGAUUAUCCAACAUCUUGAAGAACAUAAGGACCAGUACAGCCUAAUCAACAUAAAAGAUUAUUUUAAAAGUGUUGUAUACUGAGGCCAAAAGUGCUGGUAAAUUCAGUGCCUAAAUCAGUGAUAUCACAGGAAGUAGCAAACUCCAUGCUCUAUACCUCUGUAAAAAUUUAUAUUGGGUUUUUUUUUGUCUUUAUUUUGAUGUUUUCAUAAAAUGUACACAAUUCAAUUUUAGUUUAGCAGCAAGUAGUCUUCAUAUAAAUGUAUAAAUGUGUGUGUGUGUGUUUGUAUUUGGACAUGUUAUGUCUUUUAUUUGUAAUGAGUGACUACUGGAAAAGCUUAACUUUAAACAUGCUAAUAUAUUCACUGUCCACUUUAAUAGAAACACCAGUACCCUAGCUCUUUCUUUAAUCCUAUAUCAUCCAUCAUUCUAAUCCCUCCAUCAUCCAGAAGCUGCACAAUGUGUAAAAUUUCAAAUCAAAAAAGAUUUGAUAACACCAAACAUCAGAAUGGGGGAUUUGACAUCAGUAAUUUUGUCCAUGGAGAUGGUGGAGAAUGAUGGAGAGUGAGGAGCAAAACAAACAAAAAAAUUCAGUAAGCCGGAAAAAUGAAAUGCCUUUUUGAUAAGAAAAGUCUUAAACUAGACUGAUUCAAACUGACAUAAAGUCUGCAUGAACUCAAAAAAAAGCACUCUUUAUAGCAAUGUUACGCAGAAGAGUAUCUCAGAACGCUCAACAUGUUACAGCAGUGGAAGAUCAUGGCAGGUUUCAAGCCUGUCAGCCAAUAAUCUGGAAACUGAUGCUACAGACGGUGUAAACUCACUAAACUGUACGCUUCAGGACCAGAAAAAAUGCCCAGUUUUAUUAAAUUUUUAGCUUUCCGGUUUAUGUACAAAUACGCCUAUUAAAGUGGCCAAUUGAAUAUGUUUUCAUGUUCUUGUGCUGGAACUGUCUAAGCUUUCUUAGUUGCAUCUACUAAGGAAUUAUUCACUAUGUUAAAGUGUUGAUAUUGAUACUGAGAUAGAUAAACUACUGGUCAAAAGUUUUCAGAAUACCUGGUGUUUAGCAGGUGUCACCAUUAUCAUUAUCACAAACAAAACAAAAUAGUAAAGCACUUAAACAAAUAAAGUAAAACUGUUCAUUUAGAUGCUAAAUAAAUGCUUUAUUAAACACAGGGGUGCUUAAAGGGAAAACCUGUGCUAAUUUUAAAUUACAUUUCAUAUAAGACCCUUUCUAAGCUGUAGGGUGUUUAAAAACUUGCAGUGCAUACAAUAACACUCACUCAACUCACUCAAGAAACACAUGAGAAAUACUCAUACAGAAGAAAUUCCACAUUUUUUCAUUGGGAAUGUCACAUGAUGAUCAUGAGGGUUAAUAAUCAGGACUUAAGAAAGUUAUUAUUAUUAUUAUUAUAAACAAAUUACAAUUAUUGUAUUUUUUCUAGUUUGUUUUUAUUACAUGGAUUUGUUUUAUUCACUGAAUUAAUAUAUUAUUAAAUAAAUAAAU